AUGGGCACGCUGCAUGCAGCUCAACAGGAGCGCUCAGACCUAUGGCUGCUACCCUCCAAUGUGAUGCGGACGAUGCCUUACACAGCGUACAUCGCCGUAGGCUCGUAUGCAGUCAUAUUUGUGUCAGCUGACGCAGCUCUGUUGGAGGUGUGCCUCCUGACAAACGAGAUCCUGAAUGCCCUCUUCAAGUUCCUUUCCACGCGAGUGAUCGGCAAAGAGGCCCUGCUACUCCGCAGACCUAGAGGAGCUGCGGACAGUGGCAUCUACCCGCAGCACUUCCCCAGAGUAAGUUCAUCGUCUGAUGAGCGCGCCCUCGCGUGA